AUGGAUUCCGUUCCGGGUGAAUCGUCCAGCUCACUGAAUGAGGAGCAUCGUGAACGCAAAUUCUUUAACGUUUUUGACCCCUCCACGUACCAUUGUGAAAUUCGUUGGGGCGGUGUUCCGCCAAAGAACAGAGCUGUUAGUAUUCUUUGGGUUUUGUCGGGCGGAAUUGUUAUUGCUCGGUCUGGUAUAGGUCAACCUGAUCUAUGGCUCCGUGGAAAGUCUGGGUUUCCCAUCUCAUUGCCAGAAAUUGAAUCUGGUGGCGACAUUAUUCUUGGAGAGAGAGAGAUGCAAGCUUAUCUGGAAAGGAGGUUUCGUGAGGGUGCGUUCCCAGUCUUUGAUGAAUCGCCAGAGGGCAUUGCUGCGCAACGUGAAUACAAGAGGAAGUUUGAAGCUGCUGUCUGUGGACCUGGUAAAGUGCCUUUUGAUCCCCAGUUUGUGAGCCCUGGUACUCCUCCAGACCUCAACGAUACCCCGGCUUACCCUAAGAAAGUACCAAAGGGGAUGACUACGUUGGCCUUUCUUUUCAAAAAAGGGGUUAUUGUUGCUGCUGAUCAUCCUCGAGGCGCUGUGGACAACGCUGUUAUUCCACUUACCAGGCACAUUCUCGCUACUGUUUCUGGUGAUGACGUUUCCCAAGGAAAAACUUUGCUCGCUGAUCUGAAGAAGUGCUAUCUUGGAAUUCCUGUUGAAGAUGCAGCAAAGUUGCUGAAAGAUCUGUUGUCUUCUCACGGGGAGCAAGGUUUGUCAUUAACAACAAUGAUUGCAGGGUUGGACCGAAAGGGUCGUAGUUUGUAUUGCUUGGAUGGUAAGGGUUAUCUGUGCAGGGGAGUAAAGUAUGCCACUGGAUCUGGUUGGGAAAUAGCUUCUGUUAAUAUGGAUAUGUUUUAUCUUGUAGAUAUGCCCGUGAAGCGAGCUACCGAGCUUGGCAAACGAGCAAUUUGCAGGGCUGGAUACAGAGCUAAAGAAACCGGUGGUUUCGCCAGUGGUAUGAUGUUUGUAUCCCUUAUUAUUCCUUACAUGUGUGUAUCUAUGUCCCCGGCUGAUGAUAUCCUUUCUGAUGCUUUCAAGGUUACUACAUCGGGCCUGAUGGUUUUGAGAUGGUCUUUGAGAACUUGA